CACAAUUUCAACUGCUUCUUGUUUGAGCUGCGAAUCACUGCCAAAACAUACGAAAAUCCAGUGCAUUUCCUCAAAGUCUUUACAUUGAAUCAAGCACACAGCUCGCGGCGCAAAUCUUCCAUCUCCAAUAUGUCAGAAGAAGACAAGGAGCUUCUGGCGCGCAUCGGCCAGCUGGCUGGCCAAAUCAACCGACACAAGAACCAGCAAGCCGGUUACCAGUCUGUGCCACCAUCGCAUCACCCGCAUCGCCAUCGAGGAAAUGUCUACCGCCAAGCAGGCGCACCAUAUCCCAGCAGAGGGUAUAGCAGCCGACCAGCCGCCGCCCACCGCCACAGGACUCUGCAUCUUAACGCUUCAGGAUCUGCCUCUGGAUCAGCUUCUAGCUCGGCCGCGCCCAGUCCCGCUCCCACAACUUCGGGAUGGGUAUCCAAAAACGACCGCCACCGCCAACUCAUAAACGCCAGUAUAUACGAGAAGGACAGCCAAAAUCGGGCCAAAGCCAUCGAAGAAACACGACAGCGGAACCUCAAAGAGCGACGCCUUCGAGAAAAGAAACGAUUUGGCGACUACCUUCGCCAUCAAGCCGCGGUUACUGGGGUUGCGGGUACGAGCAUGCGCGCUAACUCGACAGGAUUGAAUGAAAUCUCGGUCAACGGCAUUCGCUUCCGUGUUCUAGACGGAGGAAAGAAGCUUGUAAAAGCUCCUGACGAUCCCGCCUCCCCUGCCAUGACGCCAAAAUUGACUGUCAUUGCUGGCGUCAAGUUCCAUCGUACCAAGACCGGAAACCUUGUAGCACAGAGGAUAGUUAGAGACCAUCGUCGAUCCGGUGCGGUUAAAAAACUUGAUCAACGGUGCAAAAUAUUUUCCACGACCGGUUCUUGCCCGAAAGGCCCAAGCUGCCGAUACAUUCACGACCCUGACAAGGUGGCCCUCUGCAAAGAUUUCUUGAAAGACGGCAAGUGUCCCAAUGGCGAGGCAUGCGACCUCUCCCAUGAGCUUACUCCAGAACGUGUCCCGAACUGCUUGCACUAUGCCAAGGGGCAAUGCUCCCGGCCUGACUGUCCCUUUACUCACUCCAAAGCCUCCCCAAGUGCCCCCGUGUGCGCGGCAUUUGGAUUCUGCGGUUACUGUGACAAGGGUGCAGAUUGCACCGAUCGCCACGUCUUUGAAUGCCCAGACUUCAGCAACACCGGUAUCUGUAAAACCAGGGGAUGUAAGCUGCUCCAUCGUGAGAGGGCAAGCGUCCUCCGCAACCAGGCCAAGCAGCGCGACGAGGCAGAGGACGUCUCCAGCGAAGAUGAAUCGGUUGAUUCAGACGACGUUGACUCGGACGAAGUGGCCGAGUUUCUUGAGGGCGACGAUGAUGACUCUGACUUUGAGAACCCAAAGGACUAUCUCCCCCUUUAGCCGAGUCAAGCAGCCACCGCCCGUAGACUGGUCGAGCCGAAAUCGAUCCAACGCGCAGUCUUAUAGUCUCUUUUUGGAGAUUCGGGACGACGUGCCCUUUCUUGAUUUAUUUAGCAUGCGAUAGGCUCCGUCUUCUGUUUUCUUCUAUAGUACCGACGAGGCAACCAUGGCAUUGAUGAGGUUUCUCUCUUUUCUUGUUUUAUUUCUACUACCAAGGGAUGGAUUUUAUACCAAGAUACCCUGCUACGCAGCACUUUUGAUAUCAAUCAUUUGCCUAGGGUGCAAAGAGGAAAAAAGAAAAAAGAAAGAUGAUUUGCAGUGCGGAAGAACGAGACAGAAUAGAUGAAGAGAGGAAGAGAGAAAGAAGUCUCUUUGUUAGGAAAAC